UUUCAUUAUUUCAGCACUUUUACGAUGGUGAAACCUGACACUGUACACAGACUGGGUGACGUGGUGGAGAUGAUAGAGGCUGGCGGUUUGAAGAUCAAUCGCAUGAAGAUGGCGUGGUUGUCGAGGAAACAGGCGGCCCAGCUAUACACAGGUUCUACUGGCAAGCCUCACUACCAAUAUGUUCUGGACUACGUCACAAGUGGCCCUGUUGUGGGAAUGGAGCUGAGAGGACAAGACGCCGUGGCUCGGUGGCGCAAGAUGCUAGGAUCCGUGAAAGAUGAGACUGCAAGUGAAGAUUCCCCGAAGACCAUCAGAGAAAAGUUCGGGACCAAUCGACUAUGUAACGCAGUUCACGGGUCAAGCACUGGAGACUCCGCCACCAGAGAGAUGAAUCUGUUUUUCUCGUCUUCUAAUGUGAGUGAUAACACGAUUCAAGCUUCCAGUGGGAUGAAUUUUGUCCUUAUACCUUACAAUGAUACAUCAGGUGAGUUGUGUUGUAUGUCUCGCAAUGAUACAUCAGGUGAGUUGUGUUGUGUUGUAUGUCUCACAAUGAUACAUCAGGUGAGUUGUGUUGUAUUGUAUGCCUCAAAAUUAUACAUCAGGUGAGUUGUGUUGUGUUGUAUGUCUCACAAUGAUACAUCAGGUGAGUUGUGUUGUAUGUCUCGCAAUGAUACAUCAGGUGAGUUGUGUUGUAUGUCUCGCAAUGAUACAUCAGGUGAGUUGUGUUGUGUUGUAUGUCUCACAAUGAUACAUCAGGUGAGUUGUGUUGUAUUGUAUGUCUCACAAUGUUACAUCAGGUGAGUUGUGUUGUAUUGUAUGUCUCACAAUGUUACAUCAGGUGAUACUGAGUUCACUAUUUGCAAUGUGUCGUGCACUGUCUUCAAAGUCCACACUUUCUAUCUUGUGGGCUUUAUCUAAUUUUCCAAUGGUUCCAGCUAUUUCUUUUACUGGGGACACACUUCCCCCGGGUCUGUAACACAUAAAAUUAGCAGUACGGACGUCAGAAGAAAAACCUGUAGCAAUUAUAUAUACCUCAAUAAUAUAUUAGUAAAAUGAUUGCCACCCCAUACAAAUACGCAAAGUAAAACGACGAGGCCCUACUCUACCGCAGUUCUAAAUAAUUUAACCACUGUCACACUAUCAAAUUCGCUGAAGAUUAAAUACACUUUCUAUAUACUGCAAUUAUUAAACCUGAGUAGUGUAUGCACUGAUUUAAUGGAAGAAUACCCUGGUAUAAGCAAAUAACAAAAGGAUGUCAGAUGAUUUGGAAUGCAGCCUUAAACCUCUAUGUUAUACGCAAGGAUAUUUAAACUACCCGAAAUGUUAUGGUCAAAACUAAUAAUUCAACUGUACAGCUCCAGAUAAUUGCUUUGCUGGUCCUCUUCUACUAUGAUUCACGCGCUGAAUAAAUAAACUACUGCAAAUACAGAAUUGCUUGUUUGAAGACCAUGGACCAUCUAAUUU